AUGCCACCCGUUUCUUCCACCGAUGGAAGCGAAUGGUCUCGGUACCACUCGAUGGGUGGCAAGUCCGAUCCACCGCAAUUCCCCGCUCUACCGCUCAGCCGGAGUGCCCUAGCUUCACCCCCAAUGUCCGCUUCAGGUGGCCCACCUUAUAGUCCACUACAGAUGCAUGCUCCAGAUGCCCCAGACCCUACUCCUAAUGCCAGUAAUAACACCAACGGCGGUCCUGUAAGUGCCAAUGGCCUUGCUCCGCGCCGCCCAUCGGACAUUUCCCAGCACCCUUCGCCGCCCAGUUCCAUCACAUCCAAGUCGAGAGCGAGUGACGGCACCCUUUCCGAUCAGAGAAGCAAGAGAUACAAGAUGAUGGAGGACCUGCUGCUGAAGCACUACAACGUACUGAAACGAUAUUUGCAUGGACAGGGACGGGAGGAACUUACAGCGUCACGACCAAACAAGGCCCGCGACAAGCUCCUCAGACUCUCCCCGAGUCAGGUCAUGGAUCUGAGCACAGAUGUAUAUGACGAACUGCUCCGUCGCCAGGCCGUCUCUCCCAAUCGGCCUGGUGGACCCCGACCAGAUGUACCCCCUUACCUUCCUCCGCGUGCGGAAUUCCACGAAAAGCGCAACCAAGCCCGUCAGGUCCUUUCCUCUCUCCAACAUCCCAGAUUCAGAGACCUGGCUACAGACGUGCUGUGUGAACUAGAACGGCGCUUCCCGCACUUCGCAGGCGUGGAUCGAAGUCGCAGAAUAAGUCCCGCACCCAGCCUGCGCGGCGGCUACGAUCCACGCCCGGGCUCCAAUGGGUCGUUUGGCUAUGGCCCAAAUGGCUACCCUCCGCCUCCCCGAUCUCAAUCCAGAGGUCCCCUGCCCAAUGGCCCCGGGCCUGGGUCUGGUCCUGGCGGAAGGGGCUUGCCACCGAAUCCCCACCAAGGCAGCCGAUUUCCUCCCCGACAAGGCUCGUUGAGUCAAUCUUCUACCGGCGCCGGCGGUGCUGUUGGGCCGGGUUUAGGGAUCAAUGGAGAGACUAUCCCUGAAAACGCACCUUUUCCAAAAUCAUUUCAGAGUAAUACUAUAGUGCCAAAUAAGAGUACUAUGGUAGAGGAAGAAGAGGAUGGUGAUGGUGAUGGUGAUGGUGAUGGCGAUGAGGAGGAGGAUGGGGCAAGUAGGUACGAAGAUGAUAAUGAUCCUGAUCGACGAAGUGAUGCGUUUGCAUUGGAUAAAGUAUUACAGAGUCGGAAAAGGGUACUACAACGGAUGGUGUAG